AACACUGGCUGCUGCUUCAUCGAAACUCCCUCCAUUUUCUGCGCAGAAAAACCCUACCUAAAACCCCCCACAGCUGCAAUCAUGUCGAUACCUUCUCGCCUCCGCCACAUCCACCUUCAUCACCACCAUCGCCACAACUUCUCCACCUCCAUCCUCUCCCCAGAUUCCUCCACUCCUCUCACAUCGAAGCAGAAGACCCGCGCCGCUCUCAACCUCCUCAAGAUCGAGAAGAACCCCGAGCGUGUCCUCGAGAUCUGCGCCGCCGCAUCCCUCACUCCGGAAAAUCACCUCGACCGCGUUACUCUCUCAGAAGCCGUCAAGAAGCUCUCCGCCGCCGGCCACCUCGAUGGCCUCCGCCGCCUCAUCGAGGAAGACCUUAAACCCCGAUCGGACCUCCGCAAUGGGCGGUUUCUUUCCCAUGCCAUGGUCCUCUACGGCCAGGCAAACAUGCUCGACGACGCGAUCCGAACCUUCGAUCGAAUGGAAGAAGAACAGCGAGUCCCUCGCACCGUGAAAUCCCUAAACUCACUCCUCUUCGCUUGCAUUGUCGCGAAAAACUACAAGGAGGUAAAACGAAUCUACCUCGAAUUCCCGAAGAUUUAUUCCAUUAUUCCCAAUAUUGAUACCUAUAACCUAGUGAUUAAGGCAUUUUGUGAAUCUGGGAGUUCUAGCUCUGUGUACUCGGUUUUGGAUGAGAUGGAUAGAAAUUCGGUUAAGCCCAAUGCGACGACGAUGAAGACUAUGCUAUCUGGUUUCUACAAGGAGGAGAAGUUUGAGGAGGUAGGGAAGGUGCUGAAGCUGAUGGAGGAGAGGUAUAAGAUGCACCCUUCGUUGAGUACUUACAAUGUGAGGAUUGUUAGCUUGUGCAAGUUGAAGAGGUCGGCGGAGGCAAAGGCACUGAUGGAAGGGAUGAUUUGCAGGGGUAGGAAGCCGAAUUCAGUUACCUACAUGCAUUUGAUAUUUGGCUUUUGUAGGGAAGGGAAUGUUGAGGAGGGUGAGAGGCUGUUCCAGGAGAUGAAGAAGAAGGGGUAUACGCCAAAUAGUGACUGUUACUUCACCUUGAUUCACUUCCUAUCCGAGGCUGGCAAGUUCGAGUCUGCAUUGUCUUUCGCUAAGGAGAGUAUGGCCAAAGCCUGGUUUCCUAAUUUCACAACCAUGAAGAAUCUUGUGAAUGGGCUUGCUAGUGUUUCCAGGGUUGAUGAUGCUAAGGAGCUCAUUAAGGAGAUUAAAGAAAAGUUUUCCGCGAGCAGCGACAAGUGGGAUGAAAUCGAAGCAGGUUUGACUCAGGAAUGAGGGGUGUGGUCUGCUUAAGUGAUUCAUUUUUUGGAGGAAACCUGGAAAAUUAGAUUCUUGCAAGAACAUUUGCUUAAGCAAUAGAGAUGGCUCCAUUUCAUUUUUUUAUUUUACCAUUUCCUCUGAGACUUGGCUGCUUACUCAAAUUAACAUUAGCUGCUGGUAAUAUGCCAAAUAAGUUUUGUAUGUGGAGGUAUCUAUGGUUGCUUGGGUAAUAAAGUAUUAGGUUCUCAUGUGCUUCCCUCUAAACCUAAUUAUUUUUGUUUGAAGCUGAUACCCUUGCAGACAUGUAUACUACACGAGGUUUGCUUGCUUUAUUCUUUAGCUUUCUCAAUAGUUUGCAAGAGCUGGUAACUCUUGUUGUCAUGUGUUGUGCUACUGCCGAGUAAUUCAAUAUUGAUUGUUAACUACUUAA